AUGACUUUCCCCGAUAACAGUUUUGACGCUGUCUACGCGAUCGAAGCUACCGUGCAUGCUCCUAGUCUGGAAGAAAUCUACUCGGAGAUUUUCCGGGUCCUUAAGCCUGGCGGCGUCUUUGGUGUUUACGAGUGGUUGAUGACCGAGAACUACGACAACGAUGACCUCCGUCACCGUGCGAUUCGUCUUGGUAUCGAGCAAGGGAAUGGAACUAGCAAUAUGGAGAAGAUCUCGGUCGCUCUAGACGCGAUGAAGAAGGCUGGGUUCGUGCUUGAGGUCAGUGAGGAUCUUGCUGGUAGUAACGAUGAGCUUCCUUGGUACUGGCCUCCGAGCGUAUAG